UAUUACACACAGCCACCAGUGCUGAAGCUGUGCGGUAAAUAGUCUGGGAGCAUGAUGAGGAUCGUCAGUCAGCGUGGUAGGGAGCAAGUGAACCUGCUUCGAGCUAACCUCUAGUUCCAUUCCACUCUCGCCUUUUAUCUCCGAGAAAUUAGUUGUCGGAAGUCAUUCAGACUCCAACGCACGACCAGAACGCAGUGCAGGCAGAGCUCUCCAAUUUUAAUGUAGUUUCAAACAUUGCUCAAUAAUUUACUCUUCCUAGAGAAGCUAUAAAAUAACUGGGUUGUUGGCCCAGCUUUAAGUGUAUUUUUUUUGUGCGCGGACAAUCAGUCGUGUGUAGUGACAAUCAUGGCAGCUACCGUUGCUCAGGAGGAACAACCAAUUUCCCGGACUUAUCAAUACCGCAAGGUAAUGAAGCCAAUGCUCGAGAGGAAACGCAGAGCACGGAUAAACCGGUGUUUGGAUGAAUUGAAGGAGCUACUGGUGGGAGCACUUCAGAGCGAAGGAGAAAGCGUCAGUCGUCUGGAGAAAGCGGACGUAUUGGAACUCACGGUCCGCCACCUUCACAAACUACGAAGGAGUCAACAAUUAAGUGAAAAUAGUGCUGGCGAAAGAUUCCGCCAAGGAUUUGUUCAUUGUGCAAAUGAGGUUUCCAAGUACAUCUCGUCCGCAGUAUCGGCCACUGCUGCACCAUCCGCCUCCUCCCUCGACCUCACCGUCUCCACCCGACUCGUGUCUCACUUGGACCAGUGCAUUCGGUCAAUCGAAUCUUCGCAGCUGCACCAUCAACAAAUUCUUCACCACCCAAAUGCGAUGCCACCACCAAUGCCACAAGGAUCUCCAAGAACGUCUCAACUUUCCCCGAAUGGAUUCCCAGUCUCAAUGAUGAGUCCGGUGGGUGGGUCGCCAGGAACUGGGCCAGGAGGUCUCAACAUUCUAACCUCGUAUACCCCACCCUCGUCCCCAGUGUCCUCCUCGUCCUCGUCCCCCAACAGCAGUGGGAGCAGCAGCGGACCAGGAGGCCCCCACCAAAAGUUGUACUACAUUCCCUCAUCCGCCUCAUCAACAGGUAGUCUCAGCCCAAUUCCACCCGCACAUUAUAAUCCGGUCAACAACAUGUACCCUGCUGCCCACUUGAUGGGAGGACCGCAACCACUUUCUCUAUGCACCAAAUCCCCCAACCCGGAUGAACCUUUCGACUUGUCCAACAAUGUUUGGCGUCCGUGGUGAAAUAAUAAUUUUGGUCAUUUUACUCGACCAAAUAGUAAAUGUGCCUUUAACUGACGGCUAUCAAGCCAGGCCCCAAAAACCCACUUGUCUUUCAGAAUCAAAUCAGUGAGAAACUAGAAUUAAGAUGCUAUAUACUUAUUUAUAUUAUUACAUAAAUAGCUUUAAACUUCCCCAUACACACAUAUUUACGUGCAUACAAUGACCAAAUAGAUUUUUAUAGGGUCGCACCUACCUAUUAUUUAACUGCGCCAACCUUCUUAUUGACUACAUAUUUACAUAGAAUGAAUACAUCGAGUUUGUUCAUAAAUCAACAAAAUAUUUUAUAGAGUAAUAACAGUAUUUAUCAGUUUAGAUAGUUAAAUAUAAUUAGUUGGAUAGCUAGAUGUUAGUCACGUAGUGAGUUGAAGUGAAAGUAGUCGUAUUUUUCUAUACAUACUUACAUCACAACUUGACGGAAUAUCGGGAAUGCGUGCAGACAAUCAAAUCAUUAAUGUGUAGGUUAAGAGCUCAAUAUUCAGUGGGUAACUUACUACGUCCAUAAUGAGUGACUGUAAUAUUAAUUAUCUUGUAUUAGUUAAUUUAUUUAUGUUAAAUACAUACGUAGUUAGUUAGUCAGUUAAUCAAUCAACACACAAUGCCUAUCAUAGCAUAGGAAAAUACGCCGUGGACAAUCAGUUCAAUCAAAUGUGGACGUUUUAUGGUUGUUUGAAAUGAAAUCAGAUCCCUUCGUUCGAUCGAGGGGUUAACAUAAUCACUCAUUUCAAACACCAGCGUCCACUUCUUGAUGUGAUGUACAUAGAAAUAUAAUUUACAAGUCUUGUUAUCAUCGCACUUCUUCAAGCACGCACAAAUCUCUUUGCUUUAUUUGAUUUUGUAUCAAGUCACACACACACAGUGAACGACAUUUAAAGUACAUUUAAAGUAUCAGAUAUCUUAAUGUUAAUUUACAUUGUUGUUUUGUUGUUGUAAUGGAAUCGUCAACAGUUCCGAUAGUCAAUUGAUCACUUAUGUAAUGGUUAUGUAUUUCUUUGCGAAUCAUUUUUGGUAUUCAAUAAAUGUGGAUCUCACGUUAAAAUUUA